UUUACAUAAGAACAGCUGUUGUUUACUCGCUCAAAGCAGAGCAGAAAGCAAGCAGAAAAGGCAUUAUAUGCCUUUGCUUAUAGCUUGAUUCGUUUAUGAUGUUGAUGGCCAUUUGCCUUUUAUUGUAAGGCAAAAGUGCAGUCCCACUUUCUUUUUAUAGCGGCUUCUGUCGAUUUCGUUUUGGCCUCAUGCCAAUAACCUCAUCAGAUAGCCGCCCAUAAGUUUCUUAUUUGUUUUUGAAAUUCCGUGCUGUUACACAACACAAAAAAAUAAUCCAGUCUUGCUCUGUGCUCUGGAGAAACACACCAAGCGAAUGGAUCCCAAACUGAACGUCAGCAUUGGGGACGAAGAUAGUGUCAGAGUUAAUUCGAGUGCCAUAAUUUUUGACAAUGGCAGACUGAGCUUUGUGGGUCAAGAAUGUCAUCGCUUACCAUCGGUGCUUGCAAAACUCUAUGGACCUAAAGUGAUUUCUCUGGAUCUCAGCUACAAUUGCCUCACCACAUUGGCUGGAGUUGAACAGUUCCCAAAACUUGAAGAACUUGUUUUAGACAACAACCAACUACCAGACAGCACAACGAUUCCCUCAUUACCGAAUCUUCACACCCUCUCGCUAAAUAAAAACUGUAUUAUCAACUUGGAUCUAUUGAUCACAAAAAUUGCCCAUCAGUUACCAACUUUGCGAUACUUAAGCUUGCUUGGAAACAAAGCUUGCCCAAAUCAACUCUCAGAUCAAGAUAAAGAUGAAGAAGAUUAUCAGCGCUACAGGUAUUAUGUCAUUCACCAUCUACCAAAUCUUCACUUCCUGGAUUCAAGCCAAGUGAGCGCAGCAGAGAGAGAAGAGGCUGUGAGGCGUGGGCAGUUCAUGCGUAUAAUGAGACCGAAAAACACAAAUCCAGAAGAAGAUACAUCAUCUCAACGCAGUAUCUAUACUCCCUUACCUAGUACAAGAAGAGAUGGUGGAGAUCAUCAAGGUGCAUAUGGAAGAUGUCGCUACAGGUAUUCCGGAAAACAUUCGGAAGGGAAUCGAUUUAUCCAGAAUAGUGAUUUAUAAGGUAGCUGUACGGCAAUAGUGUUUAUCUUCGAAACUUCCAAUUUAUUUUGUAUAUUUUUCUUGACUCUUUGAUUAUAUGAUUCUGUUGUACAUCUUAGUUGAAUAUUUCCACAUUAUUCAAAACUUUAUUUUUAAAUUUGAGAUUCUGUGAUUCUUUUAUUUUAGGAAGUAAAACAUUGAUUUAAUAAUAUGUUAAAGCAGUGAAGUUACUUCCUUUGUUUGUAUGCUGUUGGAUUCCCUGAUUUUCACUUGUGCUGUGUGCAAUUCAUUCAUGUCUUCCUAUGCUAUAGGAAUAUCUAUGUGUUUUAUUACAUGAUGACUGCCAAGUCCAUUCUUUUGUGCCAAAAAACAUUCUCAUGGAGUUGGUUGCCAUAUUGUUUUUGUUUUGUGUCUGGUCAGUGCUUUUUUAGAAUCUGAAUGUUUUAAAGCAUCUGCAGUAUUAUAACUGAUGAAAUAAUGAAAAAUUACUCUCAUUACAUUUCUGUCUAUUUGAGUGUAUCAGUAGUUCAGGUAUCCACUUCCUGAUUGUACUAUGUAUUUGUGUUGUCGCUAAAAGUCAUGUCAAUCCCUACAUGACAUAUACUAAUGAUUAAUGAUGUUAAGUUUUGCGGAAUUCUUUCAGCCUGUUUUAUGGCUCGUUAUAAAAGGCAAGCCUUGUCACUCAUCCAAAGACUAGGUGUUAAUUUUAUCAUUUGACAGGACUGCUUCAUAAUUAUACUAUUCAAAUAAAAGUCUGCUUGUCUGAGUACAUUAUUACCUAAUUUUAAAUUACCUUUACUGCAAAGAAGUCUUGCACAGUCUCCAUAUCAGGAGAUUUGAGAAGAAAAGGAAAGACCAGACAACCUUUGCGAACUUCUCUUUAAUUCUUAACAAUACAUUGUAACAAAUACAGCUGUAACUGACUCUAAAGAGCUCACAGUUAUUUAAAAUUUAUUGCAUAACAGUCAAUCAGAAAUGAAACUAACACAGUAACAAUUUAAUUUAUUUGACUGGGCCAAUUGUAUGUUAAGAAAAAAAAGAGAAUCCUUAUUUGAGAGGUGGAGCAGAUAUACUAGGAGGGAUGUAGAUAAUUUUGCCUAGACUGCUGAUAAAUGCAUCCUUUGACAGUUACAGUCACUGUGGUUGUUUAUAAUCGCCCGUCACAAAAUUUUACCAAUAUUUUAACAAAGGGGAAAAGAAAAAAAACUAAAUGCGUACUGAUAGUACUAUCUCAUUCCAUUCAGCAACGAAAAGCUUCAAGAUUACCGUUACAACUUCAGCGAGUUCAACUCUCACAAAGUGGUAAACUGUCUGAAAUUCGCUGAAAUUCCUCUUGAGGUGAUUUUAAAAAACAAAAAACUGUUAAGCAUUAAUUUUAUGCAUGGCUCCAUACAAAUACAGCAUACUUUAAAUUAUGAUCCAUACUCCUGAGCCCAUAAAAACUUGCAAUAGUAAGUUUUAUUCUUGACUUAUGGCUUUCCAUAACAGGUAGAAUCCUAUGUGAGCUCUCUUUGACUAGUGGUUUGAAGCAUCUACUCCAUUGCUAAACUUUGCUGUUUAUGAUACUCUUGUUGGUAGUGAGCAUAAAUUGGAUUUUCCUCUAGGUAAAUAAAAUGUCCAUUGUAGAGAGACAAGCUCUCCAGCUGACAAUUUUUCUGUUUCAAUCUUGUCCCACUUACCCAGCUGUCUGCUAUGUGGCUUAUUUAGGUCACAUUCACAACAUCAACAACAACAAAAAAAA